AUGUCGGCUGUCGUCCACAAAAUCUUCUUUCCUGGGGUCGCCCCGUACCUGCAGGCGAAGGCGCUCCAGCUGCCUCUCUCUGACCGAAUGAAGAAAUUUAUUUCGCAUCCAGCGGGGCCCUUCACCAUUCAUUUUUGGGCGCCUGCGCUCAAGUGGGGCAUCUGCAUCGCGAACCUGGCCGAUAUGAAGACGAAAAAAGUCGAGCAAACUUCAGUUGCUCAGCAGUGUGCUGUCGCGCUGACGGGGAUCAUUUGGGCGCGCUACAGCACGGUCAUUACGCCAAAGAACUGGAGUCUUUUCUCAGUUAACGUGGUCAUGGCCAUCACGGGAUCGCUCCAGUUGUAUCGCGUCUUGAUGCACCACCUUGCGGAGAAGGAGGCACCUGCAGCGCCGUCGUGCUAA